UUUAUUUUUAAGGUUACUGCUUCAUUGUCACUCAAUAGCAAAUUAUCGUCGAUAAUACAAACUGAAUGGACAGUAUACAAUGAAAACGGCGACAUCGUCAAUGUAGAUCGUUCCGAUAAAACCCAAGCGUCCAAAUUAUUUCCUGCGAACACCAUGAAAGAAGGGACUUACAAAAUUAAAUUAGCAGUAAACGUUACUGUAUUUGGUGAGGUUUUGUCAUUAUCAGACUUUAUGUAUCUGAACUAUACGUUUCCGGACAUUCUACCGGAAAUAACGGUUAAUAAUGUCAACAACUACAUUAGAAGAAUAUCACUUGAAGCUGAAGAAGGAAAUUCUCUCGUUGUAAUCAGUACACAAGGAACGAAGGAUCCAGCUGAAGAUUUGGUCAACUUUAGUUUCAGUUCAACAACCAAGACGAUGUCCUGUGAAACAAGUUCUGAUUGGACAGAAGAAGAUGUGUUAAAGACACUGGAAACUGAAAAUAUUAUCGGCAGUUCUACUUAUUGCAGCAACCUUAUACCUACAGAUGUUGACAGAUUUAGUAUUGCCCCUGAGAAGUUCAUUAUUAACCAGUGGUAUUUGUUAAAGCUUACCGUGAGCCGAGGAGAAAGAGAAUCAAGCAUAUUUCAGGCCAUACAAGUGACAGACAAGAAAGUACCGGCCAUAUAUAUACAAGCUGUUGCCAAUAGUUACAAGACAUCGACAAAUUUUGAGAAGAUAACUCAAACCGACCUCCAAGUUAAUCUAAUUGUUGAUGUUGACGAGCUUGAACUACGAUACGUUUCCUACUUUUGGAAACUUGAAACAUUGGUAAAUUGGAAUACUGUAGAUGUAGUGGAAACUGGAAUUGGUAUUGUCAUACUUCUAUCUUGUUUUUUUUCUAAUUGAACGAAUAUUUCUUGUUAAAUCAUGGAGCAUACAUUUUUGUGGCUAUAAAGGAAGUUUUCGUUUACAGGGAAACCAAUGUUAAGGAGUAAAUAGAUGCUUAAACAAAGUCUUAUUCUCUUGUUCAGAUAUUGAUUCGAUUUACAUUGAAAUAUCUGUAUUUUAACUUUCUUUAAAAAUGUUUCUAGUGUAAAAAUAUAUCAUAAUUAAAGCUGAAAAUAGACACCAAAUAAGAGCAAAUACAACAUUCAAAUCCCCCAAUAUAUUAACCAAACACUGAUGAUUGGCCAUGCGUUAUAAAUAUUACACCAGUUUAGAAUAUGUAUCAUGUUUUUAUUAAAUUGAAAAAGAACCCGGUUUCAAAGUGUCAAAAGAAUUGUUUGAGCAAUGGCCAAGUUCUAGAUACAGACUUUCGUGUCGUGUAAAGUCACCAAGCUAUUUUGAAGUAACAGCUUACAAGUCCUACUCGAUGAACUUUGCUCCCUAUAACGGCAAUUGUACGCUUGAAGUCGAGGAUAAUCCAGUUGUAACUGGUAAGACGAAGGUUUGUAUCAAUUGUUUUGACUGGAAGGACGAAGGAACGCAUUUUGAACGCAAUAUCAACAUUGAUCAUGGCGGAUCACUACUAUAUGCCCCAGUACAGAUAUUUCUUUCUGCUGACAGAGGAGUAAACAACAGUAUCAAUGAACUAAUGCACGCACCAU